UGCGCGGCACGAGAGUUUUUCCGCCACCCCUUACCCCUCACACCCUGCUCUCGGCAGUGGCUUCGUUCGUUCUCUGAAAUAGCUGCGUUAUUUGUCUGAUCGCUCGCCUAGUUUCCCAGGGCUCUUCGCUUGUGCGCACGGGGGAGGGGAAGGAGAGCGGCACGUGACCGAGAACAACGGCCCCGGUUGGCCGCCGAGUGAGCAGGGCGGUUGGUUGGUUCCGGCGCGGACCGGUUAAGGCUGGUUUUCCCUGCGCAAGCGCAGCCCAUCCUCCCGGUGCGAGAGCAGGGCGAUGGCGGCGGGAGGAAGCCCCGGAGCAGGCCUGGCCGGGAUGGUGCAGGUCGACGAGUCGCGCGGGGAGGCUCAAGCCACGCCCGGAACGAGCCCUGGGCCCGCCGCCGCCCCCCCCAGCGAGUCGCCCCCGGCGAGACCCGACCCCACGGGCCCGGAAACCGACCCCGAAAGCGACGCCGGAGCUGCGGGAAACGGGGCAGCGCGGCGCUUUCUCUGCGGCGUGGUGGAAGGAUUUUAUGGAAGGCCUUGGGUUAUGGAACAGAGGAAGGAACUUUUCAGAAGGCUUCAGAAAUGGGGGCUAAAUACAUAUCUUUAUGCACCAAAAGAUGAUUACAAGCACAGGAUGUUUUGGCGAGAAAUGUACUCUGUAGAGGAAGCUGAGCAGCUCAUGACUUUGAUCGCAGCAGCUCAAGAAUAUGAGAUAGAGUUCAUCUAUGCCAUCUCUCCUGGACUUGAUAUCACCUUUUCAAAUCCCAAAGAAGUAUCCACACUGAAACGCAAGCUGGACCAGGUUUCUCAGUUUGGUUGCAGAUCUUUUGCACUGUUGUUUGAUGAUAUUGAUCACAACAUGUGUGCAGCAGACAAAGAAGUAUUCAGUUCCUUUGCUCAUGCCCAAGUCUCAAUCACAAAUGAAAUCUACCAGUAUCUAGGAGAACCAGAAACAUUCCUAUUCUGUCCCACAGAAUAUUGUGGUACUUUCUGCUAUCCAAAUGUAGCUCAGUCUCCUUAUUUACGAACAGUGGGAGAAAAGCUCUUACCUGGAAUUGAAGUAUUAUGGACAGGUCCCAAAGUGGUAUCUAAAGACAUUCCAGUGGAGUCCAUUGAAGAAGUUUCAAAGAUAAUUCGUAGAGCUCCAGUCAUCUGGGACAACAUCCAUGCGAAUGACUAUGAUCAGAAGAGACUGUUUCUUGGGCCAUAUAAAGGUCGAUCAACAGAGCUCAUUCCACGCUUAAAAGGAGUCCUGACUAAUCCAAACUGUGAAUUUGAAGCCAACUUUGUUGCUAUUCACACUCUCGCGACUUGGUAUAAAUCCAACAUGAAUGGAGUGAGGAAAGAUGUUGUGAUGACUGAUACUGAAGACAGCACAGUUUCAAUCCAGAUUAAACUGGAGAAUGAAGGGAGUGAUGAAGAUAUUGAAACAGAUGUCCUCUAUAGCCCACAAAUGGCCUUGAAGUUGUCAUUAACAGAGUGGCUUCAAGAAUUUGCAGUACCUCAUCAGUACAGCAGUAGGCAAGUGGCCCACAGUGGGGCUAAAACAAAUGUUGUGGAUGUACCUCUGGUUGCACCAUCUGCUUUGAGUUCUACCACCGUGGUUACUACAGUUUACCAAGAGCCUAUAAUGAGCCAAGGAACUACACUGAGUGGCGAGUCACCAGCUCUGGUCAAAGAAGAGGAGGAGGAGGAGAAGAAGCAGCUGGAUGAAGAGCCAAUGGACAUGGUAGUGGAAAAACAAGAGGAUACUGAUAAGAAUAUCAAUCAAAUAUUAACUGAUAUUGCUGAAGCAAAAAUGUCAGAGGAGUUGAAGCCAAUGGAUACUGAUAAAGAGAGCAUAACUGAAUCAAAAUCUCCAGAGAUGUCCAUGCAGGAUGAUUGUGGUAGUGAUAUUGCUCCUAUGCAGACAGAUGAGCAAACUAACAAGGAACAGUUUGUGCCUGGUCCCCAUGAGAAGCCUUUGUAUGCGGUAGAGCCAGUGACUCUAGAAGACCUGCAGUUACUUGCAGACUUGUUCUACCUCCCAUAUGAACAUGGACCCAAAGGGGCGCAAAUGUUACGUGAGUUUCAGUGGCUCAGAGCAAAUAGCAGUGUUGUCAGUGUGAAUUGCAAAGGCAAAGAUUCUGAAAAGAUUGAAGAAUGGCGUGCUCGUGCUGCCAAAUUUGAAGAGAUGUGUAGCUUGGUGAUGGGCAUGUUCACUCGUCUUUCCAACUGCGCCAACCGGACAAUCCUCUAUGACAUGUACUCGUAUGUCUGGGAUAUCAAGAGCAUCAUGUCAAUGGUGAAAUCUUUUGUGCAGUGGCUAGGGUGUCGUAGUCAAUCUUCAGCACAGUUCUUAAGUGGAGACCAAGAACCCUGGGCCUUUAGAGGUGGUCUAGCAGGAGAGUUCCAGCGUUUGCUGCCUAUUGAAGGAGCAAAUGACCUCUUUUUUCAGCCACCACCUCUGACUCCAACUUCCAAAGUCUAUACCAUCAGACCCUACUUUGCUAAAGAUGAGGCAUCUGUGUACAAGAUCUGCAGAGAAAUGUAUGAUGAUGAAACCGACCAGCCUUUCCAUAGUCAGCCAGAUCUAAUUGGAGACAAGCUGGUCGGCGGCUUGCUCUCCCUGAGCCCAGAUUACUGCUUUGUCCUGGAAGAUGAAGAUGGUAUCUGUGGCUAUGCACUGGGAACGGUUGAUGUAACUCCUUUCAUUAAGAAAUGCAAAAUUGCCUGGAUUCCUUUCAUGCAGGAGAAAUACAGCAAGCCAAGUAGUGACAAGGAGCUAUCGGAGGCAGAGAAAAUCAUGCUGAGCUUCCACGAGGAGCAGGAAGUGCUGCCGGAAACAUUCCUUGCCAACUUCCCAUCACUCAUCAAGAUUGACAUUCAUAAAAAGGUGACUGAUCCAAGUGUGGCUAAAAGCAUGAUGGCCUGCCUGCUCUCCUCUCUCAAGGCAAACGGUUCCCGUGGGGCUUUCUGUGAAGUGAGACCAGAUGAUAGAAGAAUCCUCGAAUUUUACAGCAAACUUGGGUGCUUUGAAAUAGCAAAGAUGGAAGGAUUUCCAAAGGAUGUUGUUAUCCUUGGACGAAGCUUAUAAGGAGGUUUUUGGAAAACCUUUGAAACGGUAGUUCCCUUACUGCUGGAGAGUGGUGAGCUUGAGGUUUAUCUUAUUGUCUGUCCAUACAAAGGCAGCAGUCAGCUGGCCUGACAGAAGGAGCUAUGUGAAAAUUCACUCAUUACCCUCUCUGAGGUGCUGCUCAAAAGACUGUUUAGAAAAACCGUACUGGUCAUCCUCAUUUCCUGGUCUUAAGCAAAGUGCCAAGGAAUACUGUGUAUUAUGUAGCCUCGGGAACAGAUUCACAUGAAUUCUCAGAGGUGCUGGUGCCAGUUCCAUGCAUCCACCUCUGUAAAAACAGAAUGGCUAUCUCCUCCAGAAAGUCCUGAAUAUGAAAUACUUCCUUCUCCCAUGUCCUGACGUGGGAUGAGGUAAGUGAAAGUGGGAUCUCCUGUUACAGAGGAAAGGAGACUGCCUGAGUCAGUCAACUAAUUGAAAGAUCGACUGCAGUCCAUUCUGGGCUUUGUCAACUGUUAUGUUUGCUGAUGGGGAAUGAAUGACCAAACACCUCUAAAGAAUCUUGGCUAAGCGUUGUGCUUUGUAGGGAUAAACUGUGCAUUUGUCUGUGGCAGAGUCACUCAGUGGCAGAAGUGUAAAUUUCAGUGUGUAAAUAUAUAUAAACUCGCUGUAUGCUGACACUUUGUGUUUAAUUGUUUUGUAAUAUUUUGCUUUCCAAAGCAAAGCGGUAUUGUUCUGAGGCAGCACUUUUGAAUAAUGUCAAACCACAAGAGGCUGAAGCCAACUUCACCACUGGCCUUUUCUGCUGUGCCUCAUGCCCUUCGCUAGAACUGUUGCUUUGGAAAAAGAAGUGCUGACCUAGAAGGGUCAUUCCUUUAGAGGACAAGUUCUCAAAAGGUGCAGUAGAUGCCUUUUCCCUACUCCUCCUACUGGAGAGGAAAAUGCUGGUCAGAGGGCAGUCCAGAGAGAUCAUUAAUGCCACUUGCAAGCCAGCCAGUUGCCCACCCAAAGUGGCGGGAUGGAAGUGGGGGGCAGACUGCAGGUUGCAGCUCUCCUCCCCUCCAGUGUCCUGUCAUUCUGACUAAAUCAGGGUCUGUAAGUCAUGCACGUUUGUGACUUUUUGUGUACAAAAAAUAAGCACAUUUUACAAAUUAUUUGAGUGGUUACUUAAUUUUAAUAUUACUGCUUGUUCUAAGCAUUUAUAACAUUUUCCAAAAUCUAACAGGUCUGCAUGGCUAUGAAUUGUAGUAAAGAGGUAGCUGUGCCAUUUGGGAGAAUUCUAACUGUUCCCUUUAAUCCCUUGAUCCCAAGGGGCAAUCAGCCAAUUUGGCUCCUCAUUUUCCCCCAUCUACUGCAAUCAACUGUUUUUGUUUCCUUUUGAAAAAAUUCCUUUUCAGGAAAGAUGGAAAUUAGGUUUAUUAUUUUAAAUCUGUGUAGGCUUUGAAAAAGUUGUAUACGCUUUUUCAAAUAGCAUUUGGCUGCUGAAAUGUAGUAUGCAACCUCUCCUGAGAAGCUGACAUUUGACCUUUUGUUAUAGUUACACUCACAGGUUUUUGAUUUUCACUAUGUGAAUGAUUUUAAUAGCAAAGCAUUCAAGCUGCAGCAGAUGCAUUAAGGAGUGAACGGCGAUUGUGGAUCUUACAAAAGCCAGCUUGAAAUUACACAAGGUCUCUAUGGCGUUGAGUGUAUGCAAAGCAACUUGCCACUUGGUUUCCUUUUAAUUAAUGCCGGGGGGGUGGGGGUGUCUGGAUUUACAGCUUUAUACAUUUGGGGGGAGGGGGGUCUUGGUUUUUAUACAGUUGACACUCUCUCAUGACUUUAUCACUGUUUUAAGUUUAAUUGUGUGAUAGUCUUGGAAGUCUUGUCAGUCCCUUGCUCUGGGGUUGUAAAGCAAUGCAUUGACACUGCUUUCAUGGUUAUCAGUUUUCACUGUGUACGGUUGGAAUGCCACUUUCAUGACUGUCUUUAAACCUACUGUAUCUGUAGCAGAACACCAGGCUGUGUAAAAAUUGUAUUUGAAGACCAUGUGAGAAUAGAAUAAAUUGCAAAGUGAAUGUAAAAA